GUGACAGCGUAUGCUAACGGAUCCGGCGGGCCCUGCAACGGCGCGGCAGCAGGAUAAGAGGACGCGGCGCGCGCAUCCACAAGCAGCGGAGGAGCCCGACCACGCCAGUGAGCCCGCCCGAUUCGCCGUCGCGGCGGCCACGUUUCCCCUCCAAUGGCCACCAGCUCCACCGCCUUGCUGCACCUUGUCAUACCGGCCUCCCGCCGCCGCCGGCACUUGGUGCCUCGGGCCGCACACUCCGAGUCCGCCCCGCCCGCCGCCUCCGUCGACCGCCGCCGCUUCAUCGCCCACACCGCCGCCGCGGCCGCCGUCUCCCCUCUCGUCUUGCCCCGCUGGACCCCCGCGGCUCGCGCGGACGAAGCGCCGGCGCUCUCCGAGUGGGAGCGCAUCUUCCUGCCCAUCGACUCCGGCGUCGUCCUCCUCGACAUCGCCUUCGUCCCAGACGACCCCUCCCAUGGUUUUCUCCUUGGAACAAGACAGACAAUACUGGAGACGAAAGACGGCGGCAACACCUGGUUCCCUCGCUCCAUCCCUUCCGCAGAGGACGAAGAUUUCAACUACAGGUUCAACUCGGUAAGCUUCAAGGGCAGAGAGGGAUGGAUUAUCGGCAAGCCUGCAAUUCUACUGCACACCUCAGAUGCUGGCGAGAGCUGGGAAAGAAUACCCCUGAGUGCCCAACUUCCUGGGAACAUGGUUUACAUAAAAGCUACUGGGGAGCAGAGCGCAGAGAUGGUUACCGAUGAGGGAGCAAUCUAUGUUACCUCUAACCGUGGAUACAACUGGAAGGCUGCCGUGCAGGAGACCGUUUCAGCUACUCUGAACAGAACAGUUUCAAGUGGCAUUAGCGGUGCAAGCUACUACACUGGGACUUUCAACACGGUGAACAGAUCGGCCGACGGGCGCUACGUGGCUGUGUCCAGCCGAGGGAACUUCUAUCUGACGUGGGAGCCCGGGCAGCCGUUCUGGCAACCCCACAACAGGGCGGUGGCACGGAGGAUUCAGAACAUGGGGUGGAGAGCGGACGGUGGACUUUGGCUGCUGGUGCGCGGUGGUGGCCUCUUCCUCAGCAGAGGAACCGGGAUAACUGAAGAUUUUGAGGAGGUGCAGGUGCAGAGCCGGGGGUUUGGGAUCCUGGACGUGGGCUACCGCUCGCAGGAGGAGGCCUGGGCUGCUGGUGGCAGCGGCGUGCUGCUCAAGACCACAAACGGAGGGAAGAGCUGGAUGCGCGACAAGGCUGCCGACAACAUCGCCGCCAAUCUCUACUCCGUCAAGUUCCUUGAUGACAGGAAAGGCUUCGUGCUGGGCAACGACGGCGUGUUGCUUCGGUAUCUUGGCUGACAUUCUAUGUAUAUGUGUGUACAGCGAACGGCAUGUGCUGCUGCUACUACUACUGUAAAAGGCUGCUUACUGUGCUUGCGUUCUCUCUUCUGCAACCCAAAUUGAGUGUAAAGAUGCAUGUGCUGCUUGCUAGGAACUUGAAAACCUUGUAUACCCGUAUCUACUAUCUAUAUAUAUGCUACCUUGUUGCAAACAACCCUCAAACCAUUGAGAAGCUCUCCAUUCUCAAUGCCUGGGACAAAUCAUUCUACUCAAUCUAUUUGCAUUUUUC